AUGGCAAGGGCUUUUGAGUUUAUCAAAGACAUCACUGACCGUAAGGAUCUAUGGAAAGUAGCUGUGAAAGUGAAAGACAAAUGGAGUGCUACCAAAGAUGGGAAGGAGUACUUUGAAAUGGUUGUGGUAGAUUCAAAGGGAGAUGAUAUAUUUGUCUUAGUUCCAAACGAGUUGAAACAGAAAUUUGAAAAUGAGAUUCCUAUCAUUGUCAAAAACACUUACACUAUGCAGAACUUUCAAGUUUCAAAGAAUGAUGACCAAUUCAAGCCAUCACAUCAUAAAUUCAAGUUGAGGUUCAAUGGUGGUACAUUAGUUAAUGAUGUUAAUGUUCAUGAAAUUGCUGACCCUGUUACAAAGUUCAAAUCUUUUGUGGAUAUUAUUAAUGGAAAUUUUCGUGAAGAUUACUUAUAUGAUAUCAUUGGAAUGGUAGAUGAACAAGGUUUUCAACAACCUAAUCAUGGAAACAGGAAAUUCAAAUCACUUAUGAUUUAUAUUGGAUACAUAUGUAGCAACAAUUUGAUUAAUUGCACUCUGUGGGAAAACUAUGCGAUGAAAUUCUUCAAUGUACAGAACAAAGCAAAUGAUGGUCCAAUUAUUGUAUUCAUGAAAUAUGCCAAAGUUAAAGCUGCAUGCAAAUAUGCCUUGAACAUUUCAAACACCUGGAGUACUACGAAGCUUUUCAUCAAUGAUGAUGUCCCAGAGAUUAUUGAAUUCAAAAAAUGUUCUGCUAACUGUAUCCAAAAUUCAUAUCUCAAUUUAGCUGCUGGUAUUGAAAAUGGAACGAUUAAUGCUGUUGCUGAGACUCCAUCUCAAAUGAUGACUCAAUCAAGUGGAGCAACACAAUUUGUUCCAUAUACAUCAGAGCAGAAAUUCUAUUACAAUGCGGAAGUCAUGCCUCUUAGCAAAAUUGUCCAACUACCUCAGGAUGCUAAAUGCGUCACAGUCGUUACCACAUUCAAGAUUAAACCCACUAGAAGUGGUUGGUACUAUCUUACUUGUUUCAAAUGCCCAAAACAAUGUUUUGGAGUAGCUCCUCCUUAUAAAUGUGGAGAUGAUCAUGAAACUGAGACUGAGAUCAUAAGGUACAAAGUGGAUGUUGAGGUUGCUGCUGGUGAUGUAAAGGCAACUUUUGUCUUUUGGGACCGUGAAUGUGCUCAAAUAUUCACUACAAGAAAAUAA